UCUUUUGCGGGAAGUAUAAAGGUAAUCACUUUUCCUUAAUUCUUAUCGGCUAUUUUCUUUAAUUAUACGUUGAACAAUGUCCCAAGAAGAAAAGAAUAUUGCUCAAAAAGAAGAAGCUCCAGUCUUCGCUACUCAAGAAGAUGGAAGAGAAAUUGCUUCCUUCGAAGAUGAUGAAGGAAGAAUUCCAACUGAACACGAACUUAAGACUCUCAGACAUGUUGCUGAAAAGAUUCCACUUUCUUGUUGGUUAGUUGCCAUUGUUGAACUUUGUGAAAGAUUCUCUUACUAUGGUUUGACUGGUCCUUUCCAAAACUAUAUGCAAAACGGUCCAAAUGAUGUUCCAGCUGGUGUUUUACAAUUAGGUAACCAAGGUGCUACUGCCCUUUCUUACUUUUUCCAAUUUUGGUGUUACGUUACUCCAAUUUUGGGUGCUUACAUGGCUGAUACUUACUGGGGUAAAUAUAACACCAUUUGUGUUUCUUGUGGUAUUUACAUUGCUGGUAUUUUCAUUCUUUUCAUUACUUCCUUGCCAUCUGUCGCCUCCAAGAGUACUUCUUUGGGUGGUUAUAUUGCUGCUAUCAUUAUUAUUGGUAUUGGUACCGGUGGUGUCAAGUCUAAUGUUGCCCCAUUAAUUGCUGACCAAGUUCCAAAGACAAAGCCAGUCAUUAGAGUUUUGAAAGAUGGUUCUAGAGUUGUCCAAGAUCCAAACAUUACUAUUCAAUCCGUUUUCAUGUUUUUCUACCUUAUGAUUAACAUUGGUUCUCUUUCUGUUAUUGCUACCACUGAAAUGGAAGCUCACAUCGGUUUCUGGGCCUCUUACUUGUUACCUCUUUGUUUCUUCUUCGUUGGUGUUUUAACCUUGGUUUUAGGUAGAAAAUACUACGUUAAGGUUCCAGUUGGUGACAAGAUUAUCUCCAAGUCUUUUAAGGUUCUUGCUAUUGGUCUUAAGAACAAGCUUAAUAUGGACGUUGCUAAGCCAUCUGUUAACCCAGAAAUGCAAUACCCAUGGACUGAUAAGUUUGUUGAUGAAGUCACCAGAGCUCUUUUCGCAUGUAAGGUUUUCCUUUUCUACCCAGUUUACUGGGUUGUUUACGGUCAAAUGUUGAAUAACUUUGUUUCUCAAGCUGGUACUAUGGAAUUACAUGGUCUUCCAAAUGAUAUUUUACAAGCCAUUGAUUCUAUUGCCAUUAUUAUUUUCAUUCCAAUCUGUGAACGUCUUAUUUACCCAUUUAUUCGUCGUUUUACUCCAUUCAAGGCCAUCACCAAGAUUACCUGGGGUUUCUUCUUUGGUGCUGCUGCCAUGGUUUACGCUGCUGUUUUGCAACACUACAUUUACAAAGCUGGUCCAUGUUACGACUUCCCAAUGGGUUGUUCUCCAGAAUUUGCUACUACUCCAAACAGAGUUCAUGUUGCUAUCCAAACUCCAGCUUACUUUUUGAUUGCCAUUUCUGAAAUUUUGGCUUCUAUCACUGGUUUGGAAUACGCUUACACCAAGGCCCCAGCUUCCAUGAAGUCUUUCAUUAUGUCCUUGUUCUUGCUUACCAACGCUUUUGGUUCCGCCAUUGGUAUUGCUUUAGCCUCUGUUUCAGUUGAUCCAAAGUUCGUCUGGAAUUACACUGGUUUAGCUGUUUCCUGUUUCCUUGCUGGUAUUAUCUUCUGGAUGACUUUCAAGCAUUACAACUACAAGGAAGAAGAAUUGAACAUGUUGGAUGCCAUUGAAGAAGACGAAUAUGAUCACGGUCUCCACCCAAUUGCUUCUAUGCAAAAGUCUGUCAAGAGUCUUUAAGCUUUCUCCCCCCCCCCCCCUCAUCCUGUAUAUUACAAUAAUUAACUCCU